AACGCUGAGAACCAUGAUAAGACCAAAAGUAUCCGCAGACAUGUCGAAACAGAUGAAUAGAUUGUACAAAGGUCAUGUACAAAGAUUAUCUGCUUCCGCCAGAGUACUUAAAGAUACUGGCUCCAUUGCUAGUGCCUUUAACAACUUCAGUGGAAAUGAAGACGUUGUCUUACCCUCACGUUUCGUCGACUUGAAGAAAGAUCUCUUUAAAGAAAGCCUAGUUGAGACUUGGAGAGAUGUACUAGCCAGUUUAAAGCUGGCAGUUGAGGAAGUAUCUGAGAAAGGAGCAGAUAUGAUUCCUAGAGUAGACUUUAACCAAAUCAAAGAUGGUAGAGUAGAUGACAGUCUUGUUGAACGCAUAAAACGUACUGGUACAUGCGUGAUAGAAGGUGGUGUACCUUUGAAUCAAGCACUCGGAUGGGAAAAGUCUAUCCUAGAGUAUGUCGAUGCCAAUGAGGAUAAAGUUAAAGGGUUUCCUCAAAAUGAUAUUCAAGUUUAUGAGUUCUACAACUCCAUCGCCCAAACUGAGGCUAGAGCACAUCCAAAUCUGAUGGCUUCUCAAAAGUUUUUACUUGGUCUCCUCCAUUCUACUGACUCUCAGUCGGAAAUCAGCCUGCAAACACCAAUCUCCUACUUUGAUAGAGUACAGCACCGCAAACCAGAUGAUGAAUCGUUCGCACUUGGUCCACAUAUUGAUGGUGGUAGCUUAGAGCGCUGGGAAGACCCAGGGUACAGAAGCUGCUGGAAGUAUAUACUAGAUGGUAACUGGAGAAAGCACGAUCCAUUUGACGUGACACCACGUCUCAGUGCUAAUUUUGACCUUUAUGGCGCUAUUGGUGGCUGCUCUGUUUAUCGUCCAUAUCAAGGUUUAACUGCCAUUACUCCAAUAAAGUCACAUGAAGGUACACUCAGAGUUCUUCCUAUUGAUUUGAGACUCACAACUGCGUACACUAUUUUGAGACCUUUCUUCACAGUCAAACAGGACCCGCAAAACUUGGACUUCGACAAUUGGAAGUUAGACCUGGAUCAGAGCCGCUUCCCAGGUUGUGCUCCGGCUAGCACACUAGAAAUGUCCGAAACGAGCCACCCACAUCUUCAACUUUCGCGUACAGUCACCUCAUUGCCGGAUCUGAAACCUGGUGAUCAAUUUUAUUGGCAUUCUGAUGUUAUUCACGCAGUAAACGCUAAACAUAAUGGUGAUCGUGACUCUGGUGUGUUUUUUAUUCCCGCGGUUCCGUUGACGGUCAAUAACGCCCACUAUUUGAAAGAUCAAGUUCAAACUUUUAAAAAAGGACUUCCUGGUAAGGAUUUCCCACAAGGAGAGGGUGAGAGUCGCUUCGUUGGUAGAAUGGACCCGAAUGAUGUACUUUCCAAAUCAUCACGUCAAAUGCUCGGAUUGGAACGUUUCACGAUGCCGGAUCAAGCUACUCCAGGUGAGAAGAGUGCCAUCGAGAAGUCAAACAAUGUCUUAUUUGAGUGAGACUCGUAAGAUGCUUUCUCUGAUUUCUUCUGUAACCUCAAACGAUAUUCUUUUUCGAAUUUUCAGAUUAAUUAUCUCAUUUUGAUGUUUUGAACGUAGUAAACGA